GGCACAAAGCUGCAAAGCCGAAACUUAAAAAAGUCAGAUCAACAAAUAAAACUUGAAGAGAUUUUUCUGACAGCUUUGGGUUUUUUUCCUUAACGCGUUCAAACAGUUGGAAUUGACCGAGCUUAGGAUAUUAUUUGGUUUUCCUCGUGAAGAAUACGCGUUGAAAGUUCAUUCUGCAUGAUAUAUACGUGCUUUUUUUGCAUUGAAGUAAUACUUUUUUUUUGCAGAGUUUUGCACUGGAUUUGAUAUUUCUGGAGUCUUUUUUGCACAUUUUUCGUGCGUAAUUGCGAAGACACUCGCACGGGAACCCAAACGACUCUGUAUCAGUAGUUCUUUGCGGGAUACCAGCAACGGAAUCUACUUUCCCUUCUUCGAAAUCGUGUCUUUUUUUUAAUUCACUCAUUCAUUCACUAAUUUAUUAAUUCACGUUUUAUUCAAACUCUAAACGGAGGAUUCUGCGCGCGCACCAUGAAGUCACUCCAUCGCUCAUCACUCGCGCUAUUCUUCACGUUGUAUGUCAGCGCGGCGCGCGGCUCCUGGGAGGAGACCACCGCGGUGCCCGUCCGCGUGCCCCCGGAGCCCACACAGGGCCACCCGUGGCGCACGCUCUCUCCGGAGGAGCUGGAGAAGGAGUCCGAGGUGCGGGUCUACCGCCUAGACGCUUUCGGCGAGGAGCUCGUGCUGCGGCUCGAGCCCGACCAGACCUUCCUCGCGCCGGGCUUCGUGUUCCACGUCGUGGGUCGCGGACCCGAGGAGGAGUCCACGGAACCCCAGCCCGCAGUCCCCGGAGCCGAGCCGGGAUGCUUCUACUCGGGGACGGUGAACGGGGACGCGCGCUCCGUGGCCGCGCUCAACCUGUGCGGUGGGCUGACGGGCGGGUUUUACCUGCGCGGUCUGGAGUACUUCAUCCAGCCCGCGCGCAACGCGUCUGACGCGCGGGAACCAGUGGGGCAGGACGAGGAGGAGGAGAUGGUCCACGCGGUCCGCCGCAGAGGUCUCUCGCCAAUGGCCGAGGAGGGGGCCGGCGGCAGCGCCAAGUGUGGGGUCAACGAGGACGAGCCGCGGGUGCCCGAGGACCUGGACGCGGAGAAAGUGGUGGACGGCGGAGACGCGUCUUCUUCUUCUGCAGGCGGAAAAGCCCACAGCCGCCGCCGGCGCUUCGUGUCCACGCCGCGCUACCUGGAGAUCAUGCUGGUGGCCGACCAAUCCAUGGCCGAGUUCCACGGCGCGGGCCUCAAGCCCUACCUGCUCACCAUCAUGGCGGUGGCGUCGCGCCUCUACCGCCACCCAACCAUCCACAACUCCGUCAGCCUGGCCGUGGUCAAGCUGCUCGUGGUGUACGAGGAGGAGCGCGGCCCCCGGGUGUCGUCCAACGCCGCGCUGACCCUCAGGGACUUCUGCCAGUGGCAGAGGCAGCACAACCCGGCCAGCGACCGCCACCCCGAGCACUACGACACCGCCGUGCUGUUCACACGCACGGACUUGUGCGGCGCCCACUCCUGCGACACGCUGGGCAUGGCGGACGUGGGGACGGUGUGCGACCCCGAGAGGAGCUGCUCCAUCGUGGAGGACGACGGGCUGCAGGCCGCCUUCACCGUGGCGCACGAACUCGGCCACGUGUUCAACAUGCCCCACGACGACGCCCAGCUGUGCUCGGGGGUCAACGGGGACCACUGGGGCUCCCACAUGAUGGCCUCCACCCUGUCCAACCUGGACCAGCAGCGGCCGUGGUCCCCCUGCUCCGCCCUCAUGGUCACCACCUUCCUGGACAACGGCCACGGCCAGUGCCUCCUGGACAAGCCCGCCGCGCCCCAGCUGCUGCCGAGCGCGCUGCCCGGGACGGUGUACGACGCCGACCGCCAGUGCCGCCUCACCUUCGGCGAGGGGUCCCAGCACUGCCCGGACCUGAGCACCACCUGCGCCGCGCUCUGGUGCACCGUCACCACCUCCAGCGGGAUGCUGGUGUGCCAGACCAAGAACUUCCCCUGGGCCGACGGGACGGCGUGCGGCGCCGAGAGCUACUGCCUGGCCGGGCACUGCCUCGCCAGGGCGCAGGCCGCCAAGCACCAGACGCCGGUGAACGGAGGCUGGGGUCUCUGGGGUCCGUGGGGGGACUGCUCCCGAACCUGUGGCGGCGGGGUCCAGUACUCCCACAGGGACUGCGACAGCCCCCUUCCCAAGAACGCCGGCAAAUACUGCGAAGGGAAGAGGAUCCAGUAUCGCUCCUGCAACACCGACGUCUGCCCAGACAAUAAUGGACUGACGUUUCGAGAGGAGCAGUGCUUGGCACACAACGACAUGUCGGGUCACAUGACCUUCAACUCCCGCGACGGCGUGGAGUGGGAGCCAAAGUACUCGGGCGUCUCGCCAAAGGACCGCUGCAAGCUGAUGUGUCGAGCCAAGGGCACAGGCUACUUCUUCAUCCUCAAGUCUAAGGUGGCAGACGGCACUCCCUGCAGCCCGGACUCCACCUCGGUGUGCGUGCAGGGCCAGUGCGUCAAGGCCGGCUGCGACCGCGUCAUCGGGUCCUCGCGCCGCUUCGACAAGUGCGGCGUGUGUGGAGGAGACGGGUCCGCGUGCAAGAAGGUGUCCGGCUCAAUGGAACACGCCAGACAUGGCUACCAGGACGUGGUCACCAUCCCGGCCGGCGCCACGCACCUCGACGUCAAGCAGCGCGCGCCGGGCCACGGCCGCCCCGACAACAGCUACCUGGCGGUGCGCCGCGCCGACGGCGGCUACCUGCUCAACGGCAACUACAAGCUGACCACGCACGAGACGGACCUGGCCCUGCGCGGCGCCGUCCUGCGCUACAGCGGCUCCGUGGCCACGCUGGAGCGCCUGCGCAGCUUCGCCCCGCUCCCGGAGCCGCUCACCAUCCAGGUGCUGUCGGUGGGCGCGGCCCCCCGGCCCCGCGUCAAGUACAGCUACUUCGCGCCCCGGGCGGCGGGCUCCCGCGGCGGCAACGCGUCCCGCCGGCCGUCCAUCAACGCCAUCCGCGAGGUGGGCGUCGCCGAGUGGACCCUGAGGGAGUGGGGCCCCUGUUCCCAGAGCUGCGGCGGCGGCGCCCAGCAGCGCGAGGUGCUGUGUCUGGACCCCCAGGGCCGCCCGUCCCGGGAGUGCCCCGAGGAGCUGCGGCCCCCGGGGGCCCGGGCGUGCUCGCCGCAGCUCUGCCCCGCCUGGCUGCUGGGGGCCUGGUCGUCCUGCUCCGCCACGUGCGGCCGCGGCUACCGCAAGAGGGCCCUGCGCUGCCUGGGGCCCGACGGGGCCACGGUGGGGCACGAGAGCUGCGAGCUCAAGGGGAGGCCGAGGCCCCUCCUGGAACUGUGUCACCAGGGGCCCUGCUAAGGCUCUAGGGGGGGGGGGGGGGCCCUCGCCGGACUCCUCCUCUGUCCUCCGCUCCUUCAUCCUCCUCUUCGUGUUGUGCGACAGCGACUCCUUCACCGAGACGGGGGACUCUGCGGUGGUCAGGGGCCCCCUCCACUGAAGGGCCCCUCCACUCAGGGGCCCCCCCGCCACACAACAGGGGCCCUCUCAAGGCGGCGCCCCGGUCCCCACGCGGAGCAGAGACAUUCGGAAAAAACAAACGGGCGCCGACAUCGUGAACGUCGGACGCCGACGUCGGAGUCCGUUCCGUCGAGGUCCAAAAACCCGAUUCUUCCGACAGAGGCGAGACGACCAAGAGUAACUAUGACAACCAGCAGCUCCCCCCCCCCCACCAAACCCCUCCUCCCCUGCGCUAUUCUGCGGUUGAAAAGACGAUGUCAACAUUCGGGGGCCAUUUUGUUGCGCCGUGACCCGAGGGCGGGACAACAGUACCAAAAAAGACUGCGUCGAAGCGAGCCGGGGGAGUGGGCUAACUCCGGCUACGGUCGAGCCCCAGGCUUCCAUCCAGGGGUUUAGCAGUCCAUGGGCAUUCCUGAUUUAGUAAACAGAAAACAGGUGCUACUCGCAAUGCCAAUGCCAUGCCUUUUGUGUGUGUGUGUGUGUGUGUGUGUGUGUGUGUGUGUGCGUGUGCGUGUGCGUGUGUGUGUGUUGCUGCACACGUGUGUAUUUUGCAUGGUUGUGUUGUUGUCUGUCCAAGCUGGGCUGGACGGACGCACAGACAUUAGGGGUAGGGGGAGAUUUUUUCCGCAGGGUGGUCCCUUAGUCGUACACAGUUACGCGAACCCCUGAAAUAUCUACGUUCAUACAUAUAUAAAAACAGAAAACUAAUGAAAGAGACUAGACAUAUAAAUAUAUAUAUAUUUUAUCGUGCUCAAGCCAUCAGGAAUGGAACAAAAAAAAAAAUGAAUAUUGGUUCGUUGUUAGUGUUUUAAAAAUGUGUUUUAAAAAAUGUUUUAACGUUCAAAAUACUUGAACCAGUCCAUCUUUGUUUAUGCUACGCAUGCUAGACACUAUAAAUAGAUCACUGUCAUGGCCGUCGGCACAUCGUUACGUUGAGGUUUCACUACGUCUGUUCAGAAAGAAGACCAGAUUUUCAUUAUUGUUGCUGUUUAUGUUGUUUUUUUCUUUUAUAGCCAUAUCUUGCCCUAAUCUACAUACUCCUUAUAAGGACAUUGUGGAUGCACCAAAGAGGAGCGCUUGUAUGUGUGUGUGUGUGUGUGUGUGUGUGUGAGUGUAUGCGCAAGUUAGCGUGAGUGUGUGCGUGAGAGUGUGUGUGUGUGUGUGUGUGUGAUUCUAGAGGGACUCUUCUCUUAUACUACUUCAUAAGUAAGUCUCUCCCGCCUUCUGAGAAGGCAUGUUUUGUUGCUGUUUUGUUUACCCAUCGUGGUUUUCAUCUUUCCUUUUUGUACAGAAUACCUAAUUAUUUAUUUUUGUACAGCCUGUUAAAAUGUACUCAUGAGGCUUUGUGUUUUUUGAAAAAGUAAUAUUUUCUAUUUGAUAUUGAGAAUCACAGAAGGAUUAGAAUAAAUAGAGUAUUUAUACAGUAUUAUAUAUAUGUGGUCCUAAAUACAUGAAUAAAGUAUUACAUUGACCUGUUCA